CCAUGACCUGCCUGGUCACAGGGAAUGAAAAGUGGGAAGGGGCAAGACAAGUAAAGUAAGCAACGGGGCUGUUUGGAAAAACCCAAGAGAAGCCGCCCAAAGAGCUGAUAUUCAAAGAGAAGAAUAAAAAGUGAAACAGUCUGUGAAAGAUGCUGCCAAGAAGGGUCAGAAAGAUGUCUGUGUGGUUCUGGCCAAGGAGAUGAUCAGGUCAGGGGAGGCUGUAAGCAAGCUCUAUGCAUCCACAGCUCAUAUGAACUCUGUGCUCAUGGGCAUGAAGAUCCAGCUGGCAGUUUUGUGCAUGGCUGGUUCCCUGCAGAAGAACACAAAAGUGAUGAAGGCCGUGAAGAGUCUAGUGAAGAUCCCAGAAAUUCAGGCCACCAAGUGGGAACUGUCCAAAGAGAUGGCGAAGGCUGGGAUCAUAGAAGAGAUGUUAGAGGACUCUUUUAAAAGCAUGGAUGAUCAGGAAGAAAUGGAAGAAGCAGCAGAAAUGGAAAUUGACAAAAUUCUGUUUGAAAUUACAGCAGGAGCCUUGGGCAAAGCAUCUAGUAAAGUGACUGAUGCCCUUCCAGAGCCUGAACCUCCAGGACCAAUGUCCACCUCAGAAGAUGAGGAAGAGGAGGCUCUGAGGGCCAUGCAGUCCCAGCUGGUCACUCUCUGA